AUGACAUAUAACAGGAUUGUCAAAACGACGACAGUGCUUCGAAUACCGACAUGGUACUGCUUCAUUGAUUCUUGCCUUAGAAUAACUAAUAUUAACUCGAACUGUCUCUCUCUUGUGCCAAGUGGUUUCUGCAAGGGGACACUAUCAGAGGCUACCAAGAAGAAAGUGUGUCCGAAGUCAUGCGGUUUCUGUGAUUCUUUGCAUUAA